AUGAAUAGCGGCGUAGUGGAGGAACAGAAGGCCACGUUCAAAAGGCCCAGCCCAGGGAUGGUGUGUCAUCUAAAGCCUUUGUUCAUAAGGACGAAGGUUGAUGGAAUAGCGGUAAACAAGGUGUUUGUCGAUGGAGGUGUUAUGGUCAAUCUAAUGUCCCAUACUCUAUUUAAGAAAAUGGGGAAGGGUGACGAAGAUCUCCGACAACACAACAUGGUUCUAUCAAACUAUGAAGGGAAAACCAGCAAUAUAAUGGGUGUUGUCCAGGUCGAUCUAACCGUGGGCACAACAACACACUCAACAUUGUUCAUGGUAAUAGAUUCCAAAGCUAAUUUCAAUUUACUCCUGGGUCGAGAAUGGAUCCAUGGGAUAGAAGCAGUACCUUCAACGGUACAUCAGAGACUUAUAAUCUGGCGUAAAGACGGCAUCAUGGAGAACAUUGAGGCUAACCAAAGUUAUUACCUAGUCGAUGAUAAGGGUUCAAAGUGA